AUGAUAUCUGCAUUUAUACAACAUUCUACGUUGAUUAAUCCAAAUUGCGCAGAUGGGAGCAAUGUUGAUUGUAACAAUAAAAAGAGUAGUGUUAAUAGUUCUAGUAGUACUGGUACUUCUGCUAUUAUUGACAACCAAUGUACACGAAAACCAUCAGAUAUAGAAAUUGAUCAUUUAAACUUGAAAAGACCACGACUACAAAAACCAUACGAUAAUUGUCAUCCAACGGAUAGUGUCCAUUCGCCUCCACUGACUUACAGUAAAAAUCCAUUAGACUUAACUGAAGAAGAACAACUACUGUUAGCAAUAGAAGCAUCAAAAGAAGAGGCAAAUAAACAGUCGAAUGACUCUCGAAGACCGCUCACAGAAGAUGAUGAGGUAGUCCUCACAGAUGAUGACGACGAAGAAACUAACCGGAGUACAGUUUCAGAUAUUGAUAUCGACCGUCAGGAAGAAGAAAAAGUAGCUGAUUGUGAUACUGGAAUCCGAGGUGAUAGAAAUGUUAUCAAUUCCAAUGGUCAAUGUAGCUUAUCAUUUGUUUCUUCAACCACAGCAACUAUCACAGCAAGACGACCUUUGAGACCAGAAAAAUCCUCUAAAUCUAAAUUCUUUCGAAAUUUGAAACCAAACACUUUGUACAAGUUACCCUCUCCAGCAGCUGAAGAACCGGCAGUUGAAUUACUAAUUCGUUUGCCUGACGGAAGCCGUGAAGUUUAUCGGCUUCAUCCCACUCUCACUUUAGAGGAUCUGCAUUCUUACUUUGAAUAUCGUGGUUAUCCACAGUGUCAGUAUGAAAUUAUUCGUGUUUAUCCUCGUCUCUGUCUUUCAACUAUGCCACAAUCAAUCUCAUUGACCGUUGCCGGUCUAUGCACAAAGGAUACCCUGUUUAUUCAGGAGCGUUGA